AUGCCAAAUGAAAAACCUCAUCUGCAAUUCAAGAAGUGGGCGGAGGAAUAUGGACCGGUUUAUUCGCUCAUGCUUGGUACAUGGACUUUGAUCGUUCUUGCGUCGGAUCAAGCUGUCAAGGAUCUUCUAGAUAAAAGGAGCGCAAUCUACUCGUCACGCCCUGACCAUUAUCUUGCUCAAGUAGCAAGUGGGGGUCUUCGUUUCGCACUGAUGCCUUAUGGCGAUCCAUGGCGCAUGAUCCGCAAGAUCGUACACAAUAAUCUCAACAUCACGGCUACAAAGUCUUACGUGCCGUAUCAAGACCUUGAGAGCAAGGCUUUACUUGUUGAGCUACUGGAUAUGCCAGAGUUGUUCAUCGAUCACCUUCGACGCUACACGCACAGUCUGACAACGCAAAUGGUAUUUGGGUUUCGGACUCCCAGCAUUGAUGAUCCCAAACUGAAGCAACUCUUCUGGGGAAUCGAAAAGUUCUCUCAGGUACAUGGUAAAACAUCUGCAGCACUGCUUGAUCUAUACCCCGUACUACGAUCACUGCCGGAUGCUGUGCUUUCUGAGAGGAGACACGCCAAGCAGCUACAUGAGAAAUCGAGCGAAUUAUUUGUUGGACUCUGGCUAGACGUCAAGAAGGCUAUCAAGAUUGGAACUGCGAAACCAUGUUUCUGCGUAGAUCUAGUGCGCGCCCAAGAAGAAGAGAAUAUCUCAGAUGAGCUCGCUGCAUAUAUCAGCGGUUCGAUACUUGAAGCUGGCUCCGACACAACGGCAGCAGAGCUCGUCAGUUUCACCCAAGCCAUGAUUUUGUUUCCCGAGGUAGCAAAAGCUGCGCAGGAAGAACUUGAUCGCGUGUGCGGCCAGCGCCUUCCUACAAUCGAGGACUGGCCAAAUCUACCGUAUAUCCACGGCUGCAUCAAGGAGACCUUACGAUGGAUGCCAACCGUCAUUUCAGGGGCACCUCACGGGCUAAUCCGCGAUGAUGAAUACAUGGGGUAUACGAUUCCAAAAGGUGCAGGUGUCCUACCAAACAGCUGGGCCAUUCACAACGACCCCAAACGGCAUCCCGACCCCCGCCGCUUCGACCCAACACGCUACAUACACGACCAGUCAACCGCCGCAGAAUCAGCAAACAAUCCCGAUCCCACAAAGCGCGAUCACUUUGGCUUCGGCGCCGGACGCCGCGUGUGCCAGGGCAUGCAUGUUGCCGAACGGUCCUUGUUCCUGGCCAUAUCGCGCCUCCUAUGGGCCUUUGACUUCCGCCCUGCCCACAAUGAAGCUGGCGAAGAAAUCAUUCCUGAUCCGGAAGAUCUGACAGAGGGAACGCUUUCUCAGCCGAAGCCGUUCCCGGCUAGUAUUACGCCGAGAAACAAGGAGAAGGUUACGCUGAUUAGAGAGGAAUGGGGGAAGAUGGAGGCGCUGCUUGAUGAGGAGCGGCAGUGGAAGAUUUUGCCUGAAGGACUCAAAUGGAAGGAUGUCAAGAACGUCUCUAAAGAAGCUUGA